AUGUCAGGUGUUACUCAAAACUCUACGGUGCUGUUGAACCGUCUAUUUACAUUAAAGGAAAGUUCACCAUUACUUUUAAUCCUGGAUACAAUAGCUCAAUCAUCUUUUUAUUUGGUUCAAGAAUUCGUUCAUAAUGCUCCAGAUAAUACAAAUAUAAUUUUUGUUUCAUUCGAAACUAUUCAUAAGCCAAAGUUUGCAAAUGUAUUCAUUGAAGCUUAUGAUAUCCCAUUAAAGAAGUUGGUUGAAACAUUAAACACUCAUUACGAUCCAUCAAAGAAGAACUUGGUGAUUAUAGAUUCAAUAAAUUAUAUCGCAACUGAAUAUUUAUCACAAUUCAUAACAACCAUAAUGAAACCAAAUCUAACGGUUAUUACAACUUUACAUACAUCGCUCCCAGAGGCUGAUGUUAAUCCACAAUUCAACAACUAUCCAACUUCACACAAAUUGCUAUCAUAUAUUGCAUCUUCUAUAUUUGAGAUAAUACCUACUUUUGAAGAUGAUGAAGAAUUAGAGAAUCAAUUGAAUAAAUUAAACAUUGUCAAAAACAUGAACAAUGCUGUUUUCCAAAUCAAUUUGAUUAAUCGUCGAAAAUCAGGUCGCUCUUUAUCUUACAAAUUUGAGAUCAAUACACUAAACCAUGAAUAUAACUUUGUUUUACCUACAGAUCCAAAUGAGAAUAACCAACCAAUGGAUUCACAAUCCUUAUUGAAAGGUUUAACUACAUUCAAUUUAACAACUUCUGACAAACAAAAAUUGGCAAAGGAUCAAGUUGAAUUACCAUAUCUUGAUGCGCAAUCCUUCAAUUCUGGAGGUGCUAUUGUCUAUGAGUUCGAAAAAGAUGAUGAUUAUGAUGAAGAAGAUCCUUACGAAGACCCAUUUUAA